AUGGAUUCCUUGCCGCAUGAGGUCAUUGAGCACAUCAUCUCGUUCCUGGUCCCCAACCUGGUGGAGCCUCUCCGCGAGCCCUACGAGAAGGCCUCCAGGUCCAGCCCCGACACCAAGCUUCUCACCCCGGUCGCAACGGCCUCGCGCCGCAUGCAGGCCGCUGUCGAGCGCUGGAGCUUCCGUCACAUCAGAAUUAACAGCGACGAGCUGCCCGAAUUCUCCAAGCUUUUCACACCCUCUCGCCGCUCCUCCUUGGCCAGCCUUACCUUUACUGUCAUCCUUCCAUCCUACGAUGCAGACGCGGCUAUCCGAGCUGAGUCCCCGGAAGAGCGUGCUGCCAAUGAUGAGGCUUAUACAGAAGCCAUCCACUCCCUCUUCAAUCUCCUAAGUCAGUGGGAGACGGAAGAUCCCAAUCUGCCUCGGCGCCUGUCCCUCGAUAUCAACCACCCAGAGUCGCCUAGUGACCGUCCCUGGCCUUCUAAGUACGCACCAUGGAAUGCCAACUCGGUUACAGAUUGGAGCACAAUUCAUGAGGGGCGUUAUCUGCAUUCUUACAUCAGCCUUAUUAGGCCUGAGACACUUCCGGUAUUGCAACGAGUUAAGCGUCUGUCCAUGUUGCGACCAGAAGAGAGAUAUGCCUAUCGCAACACACGACCGACUGUCCCCGUCUACUUGGCGAUGAAGCUACCGAACCUCGAGGAGUUCAACUUCAGCGUUGAUGACGAUGAGAAGCGGUUCCCCCGAAUCCGGAAACAGAACCGAGAGGACGUUGCCAAUCUGAUGCAAGGUCUCUCACUUCCAUCAUUAAGAAGAGCCGAUUUUGACUUCACGCUUCGAAGAUUCCGUGACGAGCUUGCCACCCCCCCGGCCCUGCAUGAGGAAGGCGCUACAGAUGUCCUGAGUUCAACCGUAUAUAACUUCGCGCUCUCGCACAACCUUAUGGACUUGACCCUUACUGGCGUAUUCGAUAUCACGCUCCUUCGGCCGCUCGAGACGAUGAGCGAGACGCCUUGGCCGAGCCUUCAGUUCUUUGACAUCCACCUCCAUAUCAACACACCCGCUGGCGGCUGGUACUUCAUUCCCCGCCCCGCUGAAGCUCACGCCUAUGCGCACAUGGCAGCAAACAAUAUCCACGCAAACCCACCUGGAGUAGGGGAAGGUACCGAGGGUGAUCAAUCCAACUUGCACAAUGAGAUCUUCAGCUUCGUCCAGGAAGCUCGCUACUCGCAUCUUACCCCAGUUCGUGUUUUCCGCGGUGAGGUCAGCAAGUCGACCAUGGUACCGUUUGUCAACGCCUACGCGGAUGCUUUGACCCAGAUGCCCCGCCUCAAGUCGUCCAUGCUGGGGUGCCAGAUAGAGGACGACACGUACGACGGCGAGCCCGGCUGGUUCACCUUUGCGUACUUUGCACCGUGCGGCAACGCGAGGAAGGAUCCAGAGACCAAGGUGUGCCCGAACUGUCGCCGAGGGACGACGAGGGAGCUGGUGACCUGGCUGCUCGGCUGGACCCCGAGCGAAGCGCUGAUGGAUAAGUUCCGGUCCCUCCAGGUCGAUACCUACCCAGAGCCGCUGGUCGAGAAGGACAUGGCGACGUACCUGCGAGAUCGAGGCAUGGGCCCGGAGCCACGCGAAAAUGAGAGGCAAUAUUACCUCCCUAACAUGAUGCUGCCACCCGUGGACCCAGAUGACAUAACCGAGCCGGAUGAUUGGGAUCCCUUUGGGGAUUUCCAUGACGAGAGUGAUGAUGACAACCAAGCUCACGAGAACCAUGCUGUCCACGGAAACGAUGAAGACGAGGGGGAUAAUCAAGCCUUUGGAAAUCCUGAGGCUCAUGUGUAUUAUGAGGCCCCUCCAAUCAACUACGUUUAUAACGGCGAUGGAAUCUUAGAUGGCGAAUAUGACGAAAACAACGACAGUGGCGGACAUGACGGAGAUGAUGAACGAUAA